UUCAAACUUUUCGUUAGGAAUGUUGUGUGUCUUUUUGAAUGUAUGACGAAUGUUUCAAUGUGGCUUACGUCACUUUGUAUGAUUAUGACAGAUCAAACCUUUUAAAAGCUUUUUUCGUACUUCCAAAAUUUUGUGUGAAAUCCGACCAAUAUGUACAUCAUUCCACCCAGCACGUACAGAUACCAAGUUACAACAACAGAAUUAUUUCUAAAAUAUAACUAAACAAGAAACCAGUAAUAGACUAAUUUAAUAUGAAGAUCAUUUUCAAAUAAAGAUACCUAGCAUAUUGAUACUGAUCGUGUAUGUAACCGUCUACGAUCAGUUGAUGGAAGAAAUGAAUGAGUAAAGUAAAAUCCGUCUUCUCAGUAUAAUCAGUUAGACAUAACGAUGUCAUCUUCUAGCAAGGUCGCUGCAGCAUCUGUGUGGUACUGAUAAGCAGUCUUUAAAAUUGAGUGAUCGAUCCUUACCAUGCUUCAGUGCUGCGUGAGUCGUCUUACUGAUCGGGAGUUUGAAAGUAGUGCAAGUGAACGUCUUGUGAUUGACGUUGAAAAAAAUCAAAGUGCUUGGAAUAUGAAGUGUAGAUUUUCGAACUGACAUCACAAUAUAUUACAACUACCUGAAAUUGUCUUAAAUAAGCACGACAAAAUGCAGCGUGUACUUGGAAACAAAUCUAUCCAAAACUUUGGGCUCCAGGCAAUGGCCAAUAGGCAACGAUCAUUGUUGGCCGUUCUGGUGAACCAGACAAAUUGCAACAAACAGCUAAAACGCCAUCUGGCGACUGUAGAGGAAGUGUUCCCCAAUAAACCGGACUUCGCCUCACGCCACAUUGGACCCCGAAAAACUGAUGUCGUUACCAUGCUGAACUCGAUCGGUUUUAAGUCCUUGGACGAACUCUCCGAAAAGGCAGUACCGGCUGCAAUCAAGUUCAACAGAAUAUUGAACAUCGAAGAUCCUUUGAAUGAGCAUGAGCUGAUUGAUCGCAUCCGAGCCAUAGCAAACAAAAACGAAGUAUGGCGCUCGUACAUUGGUAUGGGCUAUCACAACUGCCUAGUACCGCACCCAAUUCUACGCAACAUCUUUGAAAACCCUGGAUGGACCACUCAGUAUACCCCUUAUCAGCCGGAAAUCAGCCAGGGUAGACUAGAAUCUCUACUCAAUUUCCAAACGUUGGUAACCGAGCUUACCGGUCUUGAAAUUGCCAACGCUUCGCUUCUGGAUGAAGGUACAGCUGCCGCCGAAGCAAUGAGUUUGUGUCACCGUUAUAAUAAACGUAGGAAGAUUUUCAUCUCUAAAAAAUUACAUCCACAAACAGUUGAAGUAGUCAGAACUCGUCUGGAAGCUUUCGGCAUUGAAGUAUUGGUAGGGUCCGUGAAAGACAUAGAUUUUGCAGAUCAUGAAAUAUCCGGUAUUCUGUUGCAAUACCCGGAUACCUUCGGAGAUGUUCAAGACUUCGAGCAAGUUUCAGCUGAUUGCAAGAAGAAUGGAACCCUUGUUGCUGUGGCUACGGAUCUUUUAGCAUUGACUCUUUUGAGACCGCCGGCAGAAUUCGGUGCGGAUAUUGCUGUGGGAUCAGCACAACGUUUUGGGGUGCCUUUGGGAUACGGUGGACCCCACGCUGCCUUCUUUGCGUGUCGUCAAAAGCUCACCCGAUUAAUUCCUGGAAGAAUGAUUGGCGUCACCAGAGAUAUGGAUGGUCAGGAUGCUUAUCGCUUGGCACUGCAAACUCGAGAACAGCAUAUUCGAAGAGAUAAAGCUACCAGUAAUAUUUGUACAGCUCAAGCCCUUCUAGCAAAUAUGGCCGCCAUGUAUGCAAUUUAUCACGGUCCUGAGGGAUUGAAAAAUAUUUCUAACAGGAUUCACAACUAUGCUUUAACCUUAAAUGCAGGAUUGAUUAAAGCCGGUCACGAACAACUGAACAAAGCCUUUUUUGAUACCCUACACGUUAUUCCUCAUGGAAUGAGUACUACUGAGGUCAAAGCAAGAGCGGAAAGCAAAAAGAUCAAUUUGCGUUAUUUCAGCGAUGAUUCCAUUGGUGUUUCAAUGGACGAAACAGUCAAAACAACUGACAUUGCCGAUCUUUUGUGGGUAUUCAAUUGUCCAAAUGUGGAGACAACUCUGGCAGAUCCAUUAGCAACUGCCUUGUCAGUUCACAAAACGCAAUUCAAACGAACUUCACCUUUCCUAACUCAUCCAAUCUUCAAUAAACACCACAGCGAGUCCCGAAUGGUUCGCUACAUGAAGCAGCUCGAGAACAAAGAUAUCUCACUAGUGCAUUCAAUGAUCCCAUUGGGAUCAUGUACAAUGAAGCUCAACUCAACAACCGAAAUGAUACCCUGUUCGUUCCGCCACUUCACAGAACUUCAUCCCUUUGCUCCGAUUGAGCAAGCUAAAGGCUACAAGCAAAUGUUUGAUGAGUUAGAGAAGGAUCUUUGUGAAAUUACGGGUUAUGACAAAAUAUCGUUCCAACCAAACAGCGGAGCACAAGGAGAAUAUGCUGGUCUUAGAGCCAUUCGAAGUUACCAUGAGUCACGAGGGGAAGCCAAUAGAACAAUUUGUUUGAUUCCAAUAAGCGCCCAUGGAACAAAUCCUGCCUCAGCUCAAAUGGCUGGAAUGCGUGUAGAAGCCAUUCGGGUAAACGCUAACAAUGGAACGAUAGAUACUGUCCACUUGAAGGAAAAGGUCGAAGAACAUUCCAAGAAUCUUUCUUGCUUAAUGAUAACUUAUCCAUCAACUAAUGGCAUUUUCGAGGACAACGUUGUAGAUGUCUGCGAACUUGUCCAUAAGCAUGGUGGUCAGGUAUAUUUGGAUGGAGCCAACAUGAACGCCCAAGUAGGAUUGUGUCGCCCUGGAGAUUUUGGAAGCGAUGUUUCUCAUUUGAAUCUGCACAAAACAUUCUGUAUUCCUCAUGGAGGUGGAGGUCCGGGUAUGGGACCAAUUGGCGUGAAAGCCCACCUGUCCCCAUUUUUGCCUACCCACCCAGUUAUUGAUCCCCUGGAAGGAUGUGAAAACAAAAGUUUCGGUGUUGUGAGUGCCGGGCCUUAUGGGAGCUCAUCUAUUUUACCAAUAUCAUGGUCAUACAUCAAGUUGAUGGGUGGACGCGGCUUACGUCGGGCAACACAAGUUGCCAUUCUGAAUGCCAACUACAUGUCGAAACGUUUAGAGAAUCAUUUCAAAACACUUUAUACUGAUCCGAACACCGGUCUUGUAGCCCAUGAAUUCAUUAUGGAUGUUCGUGACUUCAAGAAGACCGCCAACAUUGAAGCUGUAGAUAUCGCAAAACGUUUGAUGGACUAUGGGUUCCACGCUCCUACAAUGUCUUGGCCCGUUGCGGGUACGCUGAUGGUGGAACCUACCGAAUCCGAGGAUAAGGAAGAAUUGGAUCGUUUUUGUGAAGCAAUGAUUUCAAUUCGAAAAGAAAUUCAAGACAUUGAGGAAGGUCGCAUGGAUAUAAGAGUCAAUCCGCUAAAGAUGGCACCACAUACUCAGAAGCAGACUAUUUCUUCCGAAUGGAAUCGUCCUUAUCCGAGAGAACAAGGGGCGUUCCCAGCGCCAUUUGUCAAGCCAGAGACCAAAGUUUGGCCAACUGUCGGACGUAUUGACGACCUCUACGGUGACAAACAUCUAGUUUGUACUUGCCCUCCUAUGGUUCCCGACUAUGAAUAAAUGGAAAACCGUAUUUCUGUUAUUCCCACAUUGUAACAAGUAUCGUUGAAUCGUUUAAUAAAUCGUAAAUUAAUUCGAAA